GCAGCCCGCCCAUGGAGGCUUUCCCCUGUGCGCCUCGCUCGCCCCGCCGCGGCCGUGCCCCCCCGCCCAUGGCGCUCGUGCCCAGCGCCCGCUACGUGAGCCCCCAGGGCCCGGGGCACCCGCAGCCCUUCAGCUCGUGGAACGACUACCUGGGGCUCGCCACGCUCAUCACCAAGGCGGUGGACAGCGAGCCGCGCUUCGGCUGCGCCCGCGGCGGGGACGACGGCGGCGGCGGCGGCUCCCCGCCUUCCUCUUCCUCCUCGUCCUGCUGCUCCCCCCACACGGGGGCCGGGCCUGGGGCGCUGGGCCCCGCGCUGAGGCCGCCCGACUACGACGAGGACGAGGACGACGACAGCGACGAGCCGGGGUCCCGGGGCCGGUACCUGGGGGGCGCGCUGGAGCUGCGCGCGCUGGAGCUGUGCGCUGGCCCUGCCGAGGCCGGGCUGCUGGAGGAGCGCUUCGCCGAGCUGAGCCCGUUCGCCGGUCGCGCCUGGGCGCCCGAGCCCCGGCUGCACGCCGCCUCGGGGGCGGCCGCCGCCCGGUUGCUCAAGCCUGAGCUGCAGGUGUGCGUGUUCUGCCGGAACAACAAGGAGGCGGUGGCGCUCUACACCACCCACAUCCUGAAGGGACCCGACGGGCGCGUGCUGUGCCCGGUCCUGCGCCGCUACACGUGUCCCCUGUGCGGCGCCAACGGAGACAACGCGCACACCAUCAAGUACUGCCCGCUCUCCAAAGUGCCGCCACCGCCCGCCGCCCGCCCGCCGCCGCGCAGCGCCAGGGACGGCCUGCCGGGCAAGAAGCUGCGCUGAGCGCCUGGGCUCCGCUCUGCUGCCACCUGACGCCACCAGGGUCACCGCCGGCGCAGUUUUGGUCUGCGCACCGUCUUUCCCUUGCUGUUGGGGAGGCUUGGAGUUCAGGAGUUGGCUCAACUUGUGAAGUAGUCUCGGUUUUUUCAAAGCACGCCUGCCGGCCAUAAGGAGUACUUUCCUGUUGAAGAGCGGUUGAGACUAGACGCUCAAAUCUUGAUUUAUCUCGUUUGUGCACAUCCAGACGGUGAAGGCUGGGUAUCCCACUAACUGAAAUACGGCAAUUUAGAGGCGCUGUUUAUUUACUGUAUACGUCGACCUAUUUUAGAUGCGCAUCAGUAUGAAAUUGUCUCAUUCUAAUCUUGGAUGUUUAAUUUUAUGAAGAGAGGCUCUUUACUAGGUCUAGAAUAUUUUUUUAAAAGCCUCUUGACUGAACUUAAAACUGGGGAUUUUAUGGAAUGUUGGCAAAAUGACUUUUAUUGUUUGCAACAAUAUUUCUUCGUUGUCCUUAAUCACCUAUUCUGAUUUCAGGUGAAGCAAGCCCCUGGCAGCAUCACCGUUUUGAGAGGGAAGGUUUAGUAAACUUGCCAGGAUUAACUUGGAUGGGUAUCCCUCCCUUGUGGCUCGUUUCUGUCCUGGCUGGAGGUGUAAAAAUGCACAAUCUGUAGCAGGUAGAAUACAGCUCCUUAUCCUUUGAUGUACCAGAUCUUUAUUACUGAACUAGCGUUUUCCACCUUUAAAAACUGUGCCAAGUUAUAAUCAUAUUGUGUAUACACUUGGAAAUGGUGCUGUUUAAAAAACUUGAUUUGUGUAUUUAUACAGUAACAGUAUAUGAAUUCAUUAAUCUUGCUUAUAA